AUGAAUCGUCCAGAGAUAAUAGAUUUUAUUCAGAGUCAUGGUAAAGCUAAUGUCUUUAUGGGUAAUGAGUUGGAUUGCUCUCCUUCCGAGAAGAGGGCACUCGAUCAACAAACUGAAAGUUUACAGAGUAGAUACGCUGAGUUGAGCGAAGUGUUCAACGAUUCUAUCCACCAGAUUAAUACAAGGGGCAUUGAGGACUAUGAGAAGACCGUUAGUGCUUCUAAAGUUGUUCAAGAACAGUUGAAAGCAGGACUAGCAUCUACAAAGGACAGAAAAGAUGAACUUCUUCCAGCAAUUGAAAAGGAAUUAAAGGAUAGUAGACGUAAAAAAUACAAACUUGAAAGUCAACUUGAGACUCAGAUAGCAGCAUACGACAAAGAGAUGUUGGCACUACAGGAGGAAUAUGAGCAAAUGCUAAAGAAAUAUGAUGAAGAGAAUUUGCAACUUGAGGAUUACAAGAGCAGAAUUGUGGUCUUACGCCCGGAAUACGAGAAGGUGUUAGCUGAAAGUGUGACCGAAACGGAACAGCAAAAGGCCCUUGAGACAGGAGACACUGUCGUCACCAAGGCAACUAGCCCGAUUGCAACCUACAACAGCACCGCCGCCGCCCCCACCAAAAGGAAAGCGAAAGGUCGAGGUCGACGCUAA